AUGAGAGUUGCUUUUGCUUUUCGUCCAUUUCCAGCUAACUGCAAACCGUCAUGUGAUGCUACUUUACCUGCUACACCUAUUUCAACUUAUCCCUUACGAACGUCUUCAUCAAUUCCAUUCACUCACACACAACGACGACAAUCAACUAUAAUACAUGUCAAUGGUCUUCCGUAUAUAGUUAUUCGUUUAAUCGGUGAAGGACUUCAUAGUCGAGUUUAUGCAGCAUAUGAUCCUCGAAUAAAUCAAUCCGUAGCAAUAAAAGUAGUUCAAAAUAUUGAUCCAAUUGAUAGUCAUGAACAUUCGAAAAUGUUUUUCAAAGAAAUACGUUAUUUAACAAAAUUGCAAUCACGUAAUCCAUAUGUUAUUCGAGUUUAUAAUCAUGAAUAUGAUAGUAAAACACAAACGGGUAAAAUUGUUAUGGAAACUGGACAUGAUUUUCGUUUUAUGUUACCAUUACAAGCAUCACCAAAAGAAAAAAAAAUGACAAUAGCACAAACGAAAUUUUAUUGGUCUCAAAUGGUUGAAGCUGUUGCAAUACUUCAUCGAAAUGGAAUCGUUCAUUCAGAUAUCAAACCAGAAAAUUUCAUUUUGACACCUGGCGGACAGCUUCGUAUUAUUGAUUUAGGUCUUUCUUUUCGUACACCUGAAUAUAUGCCACCAGAAGUAUGUCAGAUUCAAGAUGGUCAUUAUUCUCGUCAAGGUCGAUCAUCAGAUAUUUGGGCAUUAGGUGUUCUUCUUUUUGAAAUGGUCUUUGGCUAUCGACCAUUUGAGCAUGUUCACGAUAAUUUUGAUAAAAUGUCUCAUAUUGCUCAAUUAGUAGAAAAUCCAGUCAUUCCACCAAUAAAUAAUCCUCAUCUACGUGAUAUUCUUCAACAAUGUUUACAAAUAAAUCUAGAACAACGUCCUAGUGCUCAAAAAAUUUUACAACAUCCUUUUUUUAACUUUGGAACUAAUUUAUAA